UCUACCACCCCACGCGAAGGCGUGCGUCCCCUUCCUCCUCCGAUCGAGCCGGGACCGCCAGGCAACCUGGUGCUCCCCUUCUCCGUCACCGCGACGCCUCGGCCUCCCCGCUCCACCGCCUCCGCUUCUCGUGAGCCGACGCCACGCCUAUAGAUCGCGUGCCCAAGCGCGGACGCCACCUCGCUCGGUGCUGGGAGGUAGAGCGCGAUGGCAGCGCCGCCGGCGAGGGCUCGAGCCGACUACGACUACCUCAUCAAGCUGCUUCUCAUCGGAGACAGCGGUGUUGGAAAAAGUUGUCUUCUCUUACGGUUUUCAGAUGGCUCCUUCACCACUAGCUUCAUCACUACUAUUGGUAUUGACUUCAAGAUAAGGACCGUCGAGUUGGAUGGCAAACGGAUUAAGUUGCAGAUCUGGGAUACUGCAGGCCAAGAACGUUUCCGCACUAUUACAACUGCCUAUUACAGGGGAGCUAUGGGCAUUUUACUUGUGUAUGACGUCACAGACGAGUCGUCUUUUAAUAACAUAAGAAAUUGGAUCAGAAACAUUGAACAACAUGCCUCGGAUAAUGUGAACAAAGUUCUGGUUGGCAAUAAAGCUGAUAUGGAUGAAAGCAAACGGGCUGUUCCCACUUCUAAGGGGCAAGCUCUUGCUGAUGAAUAUGGGAUAAAAUUCUUUGAAACGAGUGCAAAGACAAACCUGAAUGUCGAGCAGGUUUUCUUUUCUAUUGCAAGGGAUAUCAAACAAAGACUCUCAGAGACUGAUUCGAAGCCUGAGGAUCGAACUAUCAAGAUCAAGGCCGAAGGGGAAGCUGAUGCAUCAGAUGCACAGAAAUCAGCUUGCUGCGGCUCCUGAACAGUUGUUACAGCAAGAUUUGGUGUUUACUGCUCAUGUAAUUUUUAUCAUUUUAUUCUUUGCCAGCAACUCUCCUUGUGUGUUUCUCAAGUCAUCGCAAUUGUUGGGAUUUGGACAAACGGGUGUUUAAGUCAGAACAUUUACUUGCUAUAUUGGUGGAAACUGUGGUCUUGAUAACGAUGAGUGCAUGUAGAACUAGGUGGCUUGGUUUGAUCUGGUGCAGGCUACGCUCGAGAGAGAUAACAUUGAAUUGUGCUUUCCUUUUCA